GUCUAGGUGCCUACAGAUGUUUCUAUGGGUCUGUUGGCGGAGCCCCAGGUGGCCAUGUUUUGCGGUAAACUCAACAUGCACAUCAACGUGCAGAGCGGCAAGUGGGAGCCGGACCCCUCGGGCACCAAGAGCUGCAUCGGCACCAAGGAGGGCAUCCUGCAGUACUGCCAGGAGGUGUACCCAGAGCUCCAGAUUACCAAUGUGGUGGAGGCCAACCAGCCAGUCAGCAUCCAGAGCUGGUGCAAGAAGGGGCGCAAGCAGUGUCGCAGUCACAUGCACAUCGUGGUGCCGUACCGCUGCCUGGUGGGAGAGUUCGUGAGUGACGCCCUGCUCGUUCCUGACAAGUGCAAGUUCCUCCACCAGGAGCGCAUGAACCAGUGUGAGAGCCACCUGCACUGGCACACUGUCGCCAAGGAGUCUUGCGGAGACCGCACCAUGAACCUCCACGACUACGGCAUGCUGUUGCCGUGCGGUAUCGACCGUUUCCGCGGAGUGGAGUUUGUCUGCUGUCCCGCGGAGGCAGAGCACGACGCCGACAGCGCCGAGCAGGACGCCGAUGAUUCCGACGUCUGGUGGGGCGGAGCGGAGACCGACUACUCUGACAACAGCAUGGUGCGGGAGCCAGAGCCAACAGAGCAGCAAGAGGAAACCAGGCCAUCUGUGGUAGAGGAGGACGAGGAAGAGGAGGAGGCCGUUGAGGAAGACGACGAGGAAGAGGAGGAGGAAGCGGACGUGCUAGACAACGACCAGGAUGGAGACGGAGAAGAGGACGAGGAGGUGACGGCGGAGGACGAAGAGUUGGAGGAGGAUGAGGAGGAGGAGGAGGGAGACGACGACAUUGUGGACGACAGCGACGACGAGCCCACCACCAACGUCGCCAUGACGACCACCACUACCACCACCACCACGGAGUCUGUGGAAGAGGUUGUCAGGGAUGUGUGCACGGCCAACGCAGAGACUGGUCCAUGCCGGGCCAUGCUGCCCCGCUGGUACUUUGACCGCCAGGAGGGCCGCUGUGCUCAGUUUAUCUACGGCGGCUGCGGAGGCAACAGGAAUAACUUUGAGUCCGAGGAGUACUGCCUGUCUGUCUGCAGCAGCGUCAUACCCACAGCCACUCCCAGCUCCCCCGACGCCGUGGACCACUACCUGGAGACGCCUGCUGACGAAAACGAACACGCCCACUUCCAGAAGGCCAAAGAGAGCCUGGAGGCCAAGCACCGCGAGAGGAUGUCACAGGUGAUGAGAGAGUGGGAGGAGGCCGAGAGGGAAGCUAAGAAUCUUCCACGCGCUGACAAGAAGGCCGUCAUCCAGCGUUUCCAGGAGAAAGUGGAGGCCCUAGAGCAGGAGGCAGCCAGCGAACGGCAGCAGCUGGUGGAGACCCACAUGGCCCGGGUGGAGACUCUGCUCAACGAACGCCGCCGCCUGGCACUGGAGAGCUACCUGACUGCGCUGCAGCAGGACCAACCCAGGCCCCGCCACGUCUUCAGCCUGUUGAAGAAGUACCUGCGUGCCGAGCAGAAGGACAGGCAGCACACCCUCAAACACUUUGAACACGUCCGCAUGGUGGACCCCAAGAAGGCAGCGCAGAUCAGACCUCAGGUGCUGACCCACCUGCGUGUCAUCGAGGAGCGCAUGAACCAGUCUCUGGGACUCCUCUACAAGGUGCCCGGUUUGGCCGACGAUAUCCAGGACCAAGUCGAGCUCCUGCAGAGGGAGCAGGCGGAGAUGGCCCAGCAGCUGGCCAACCUGCAGACGGACGUGAGGAUGAGCUACGGUAACGACGCCCUGAUGCCCGACCAGGAGCUGGGAGACGGCCAGACCGACUUUUUGCCCCAGGAGGACACUCUGGGAUUGGGGGGAAUCGGCUUCAUCCACCCCGAGAGCUUCAACCAGCCCAACACUGAGAACCAGGUUGAGCCAGUGGACUCACGCCCGAACCUUGACAGAGGCGUUCCCACACGGCCAGUGACUGGAAUGAAGAUGGAAGCUAUUCCUGAGCUGCGGAUGGAGACGGAGGACAGACAGAGCACUGAAUAUGAAGUUCACCACCAGAAACUGGUCUUCUUCGCCGAGGAUGUGGGUUCCAACAAGGGGGCGAUCAUCGGCCUGAUGGUCGGAGGCGUCGUCAUAGCAACCGUGAUCGUCAUCACCCUGGUGAUGCUGAGGAAGAAGCAGUACACCUCCAUCCACCACGGAGUCAUCGAGGUGGACGCCGCCGUCACCCCCGAGGAGCGCCACCUGUCCAAGAUGCAGCAGAACGGCUACGAGAACCCGACCUACAAGUUCUUUGAGCAGAUGCAGAACUGAGGAGAAUCACACGUCCACACACACACACAACAUUAACACACACACAUACACACACAAACAUCUCCCCACCCUACGCAUCAAACACCUCCCCUACCCCUCCUAGCCCCACCCUUCCUCCCUUCCUCUCCCCCCGCCCGCCCCCCAGACGAGCCCCACGUCUCCAAAAAAGGGCAGCGCGGCUUAUAUGAUUUGACUGAAAUAGUCGGUUGCGAGCGUAGCCGGGGUUUUCCUUUCGUUCCCGCCUGGGCGGACACCGCGUUUGCACCAAGUUUGUUCACUUUACCGGAGCGAGGCGCCUUUUAAUUAAAGAAAGGCGUUUUUAUACGUCGCUCCAUCUGGGCCUGCUGAUGUAUAGGAGGGGGGAAAAACAGAAAGAAGGCCCCGCCCAGUGCAUCGAAACAAACCCACUCUUCAGGGGAAAGAAGCGUGCUCUCGCUCCACACUGAUUCAGGGCCAGUGUAUAGUUGGAGGUGUUGUUUUUCUUUUCUUUUCUUGGCUUGGGAUGGUUUUAGGUGUGUCAGCAAAUCUGACCACUGAUCAGAAGGAGUUUCGGCGCACGCUGACCUGGGCGUCGUUUACAAAAAUCGGCUGCAGAAUCAUUGCGAAAUCAUUUCCAAAUCAUGACUCGGCGUUUGUUUCUAUCACAUUCUUUGUAAUGAUUAUACGAGCUUAAAUCGAGCAGGGUGAUGUUUCUAAACGAAGCCCAGCGUUUCCCCACAAACUGCACCACUACUGCACUCACUCUACAGUCUACACUGGAGUAUAAGUGAGCCUCCCCUCCCUCCUCUUCCUCCUCCUUCUCCAUCCCCAUCCACCCCUCCAUCCUCUUUUCUUUGCGCAUUCUUACGACAGCUGGGCUGUGCUAAGUCACACAAGGCUCUUAAGGAUAUCUGGAGAUGCUGAUGAUUAUAACGAAUAUGUCGACGACGACGACGGUAGUAAUUAUGUAUUCCGAAUGAGCUGUUUUUUUUUUUAUUUUGGAGUUUUUCUCUUUUCGUUUCCAAGUUUUGUUUUUCAAAAAAGAAUGAAAACGGAGAAAAAAAAAAAGAAAAGAAGAAAAAAAAAAGAAAUCCUAACAAGUCAACCGAUGUAAAGUCCUUUUUUUAAAUUGCGUGUAAUGUUACUGAAGUAAUGCUGAAGUCUUAGCUGUUCCUAUGUAGUGCAUGACAACAAUGACAACAGGAUUUGGAAAAACAAACACAAAAAAAAAGAAAAAAAGAAGGUCUUAUCGCUGCUCUCUCUCUCGAGAUCCUUUCUCGCGUAUAGAUUGUCAUUCUAGCAAGAUUGUACAUUUAGUAUCUUCUCGUGAUCACGUGACUUCAAACUGAUGAAAAAUAUAUAUGAAUCUAGAUGAACGGGCUCUGCUUUGAUAUCAUGUAAAAUACACAUUUAAAAAGAGAUCUGUGAUUUUUUCGAAUUUAAGUGUGUUCUUCAUUUCUUGUCUUUUUUUUUCUUUCUUUUUGCUACGUUCCUGAAGCUGCAGGAGGAGGGGGGGCCGGCUUCAUCUCUGUUUGUAUAUUGAUUCUCAUUCACUGAAAUAUAUUGUUCAAAAUCCUCAGAAAUCACCCCCUCUUGAUUUUUUUCUUUUUCAUUCUGUGUCUGUUUUUUUGUUUUUUGAAAAGGGCAUGUUGUGGGUGUGAAGGUUACGUGGAGCAGGGAGGGGAAACAUGGGAGCAAUCCAGUUUGGGGGAUGGGUUAGGAUUAUCUCUGCCUGUACGCGUGUUGUCAUUUUCGAUCUGGUGUUUUUCGUCCAGUUGUAAGCCGACGCCGUCUAUUUCUUUUCUUUUUUGGGUUUUUGUAAUCACUGUCACUGCUGAUAGAACAGGUGGAGUGCUGAAAAGGAUGGAGGGCGAGGUAGAGAGGAAAUGACUUGCAGUUCCGGAUGGAUAGCCAGCCAGGCAGGCAGUCUGUGUAUAUAUAAUGGAUUUUCACCCCCUCCCUCCAUCGCCUUCACUUCCCCUCCGGCAUGCCGCUCACCUCUCUGCCAUCAACGCACACUUGAUUCCCUAAAGGCAAGAGCACUGUAGUCUGUAUAUAGACGAUAGGCGUUCACCAUCAAGAGAGGGAGGGAGAACCGAGAGCCAGGCGGGGGGGGUGAAUGCAGGCAUCCUAGACAAGAAGCCCCCCCCCCGUUCAUCGUCAUACAGUCAGCUCACGCUAAAGGUUUGCCACCAUCUCAACUCGACAUGUAAAGAAAUGCAGCGUGACCUCUCGCUUUGCUAUUAAAUCUAAUAGCGAGUCAGAUCCACGAGGGAAUGGUGAGUGGAAUGUACAUAUGGAGGCGGCGGUGGGGUGGGUCCUUGGUUUUCAGAGGGUGCUCAUUAGAAGCCCGACAGAGGGCAGUAGAGUAGAGGAGGAAGCAGGAUUUUCUUUCUUUUUCUGUGGAUUAUAUAUUGGUUUUGUUUUCCACUGUGUAAUAUUGUGCAGGCCAUUUGCAUUGACUGGGAAAACGCUUUCUACACUGUAUUCCAUAAUAAAGUUUUGAAUGUACAUACAGA